UGUCUAGAAAUACUGACUAUUUCGAAAAGUGUCGGGAGCUCAGAUAAUCUAGAUAUACCAGACCAAAUAUAAAUGUCUUAAAAGCUCAUAUUGUCUACCUUAUAAUAAAUAUCUUACCAAUAGUAAAUAUAUGAGAUAUCUGAAGCUCAGAUUACUAGGAUAUCAUCAUAACAAAUAGGAAUUCAGAUUGUCUGGUGGUAUCAGGAGCUCACAUUGCCUACCUAUCUGACCAAUUGUAAAAUUAUCAGGAGCUCAGUUUUCCCCCUAAUUACCAACCUUCUUUUUGAUCAAAUUUCCUUUAACUUCUGAAUCUCCUGUCUUGACAAGUUUAGACUCUUACCCCGUGCUUUAUUAACUCGUUUAAUAUGGUGAUUUUCUAACCAUCUUAGCUCCUUAGUUUACAAUUGGUUAGAUAUUGCGUUGGAAUCUGGUUCCUCCUGCAGCUCCUGCUAUUCGUUGUAGAUAUGAUUAACUUUUGUAUCGUUACUUCCCAAUAAUCUUAUGUAAUAGUUGAGUUCCUUUAAGCCCCUCAUCAUCUCCUGAUUCUUCUAAUUGUUCUUAUUAGUCAGAAAAUUAUUAAUUAUAUCAUGUAACUUUAAUUUGUCCUCUGAUUUCAAUAACAAAUACGUACAAGGGUGAAUUGUAACACGUCCGUCAACCCGGACCCGCCAGGGAAAUAAAGCCUUGUUUAAUCCCCCCGACCACGUCUCCUAAGUCUCCUAGUCGAAAGAGGCAUAACAAGGAAAGUUUACCUCCUCCGCCUCCUUGAAUUGGAAAAGUUUCACCCCGGAGUCCCCUUUGUCCUAGCGGUGCGCAUUAUGCGAUCAGGAGACAACAAUCGCUCGUUGACGAUUCCUCGUGACAACUUGACAACUCGGCCGGAGGCGGAUUUUGUGAAAAGGCCCCCACGUAUGAACCUUACAUUUGAUCAGAUGUGUCGACCAUUUUGUAAUUUUACAAGGAACCAAAAAUGAUUUGAUCACUUAUAACCCCGUCAAACAAACCAGUGGUAAAAGUAUCAGGAGCUCGGAUAGAUAUCUUUACGAAGGAGCUCAAAUUUUUCUUGAAGAAUUGGAUCAAUUGUAACAGUAAGAGCUCAACAGAAUAUCAUCGCGACAAAUAGGAGCUCGGAUUGUCUCCAAGUAUCUGAUCAGUGGUAAAAGUAUCAGGAGCUAAAAUUGUCUAGAAAUAUUUGCUCCAAUGUGAAAGUAUCAGGAGCUAAUAUUGUCUGGAAUUAGUUCUAAUUGUACAAAACUCAGGAGCUCAGAUUUAUAGGAAGACUAAUACAAAUAGGAGUUCAUACUAGUAAGAAAUAUCUGACCAAUUUUAAAAGUAUCAGGAUUACAUGUCGCUAGGAACACAGCUAAACAAAUACGAGCUCUGAUUGUUAAGGAAUAUUUGACUAUUUGUAAAAGUAUCAAGCGUUAAGAUUGAUAGGAGAUCAUCAUGACAAGUAGGAGCUUGGAAUGUCUCUAAGUAUUAGGCAACACACCAUCUCAGCAAAUAGGAGCUCAGAUUGAAUGGAAAUAUCUAGACAACUGUAAAAUUUCACAAGCUCAUAUUGCUAAACAAUCAUCUCUACAAACGGAUUGCUAGAAAGUAAUUAAAAAAAACCAUUGUUGUUGAUUGUUGAUAACAGAUUAUAUAAUAAUAAAAGUAUCAGGAACUCUGAGUGGUAAGACAUCAUGACAAUGGGAGCUCUGAUUUGCUUGAAACUAUCAGGAGCUGAGAUUGUCAGAGGUUCAUACCACAAAUAAAAUCUCAUAAUGUAUCGACAUAUCUGACCAACUGUAAAACUCAUCAGGAGCUCGGAUAUUCGGAAAAAGACAUCAGGAGUUCCUAUUGAAACUGCUAACACUAAAUAGAAGUAUACAGGAGCUCACUUUUUUCCCAAAAGUACAAAUACAUGAGCUUGACUUCUUUCUUGAGGUUCGAUUGUUACGAAAUAUCCGACCAAUUGUAAUAGUAUUAGGAGCACUAUUCUAUUUCAAAUAGUGGGAAAGGUACUAACAGUUAUCGGUUAUUUUGUCCUAGGGGGGUGGUUAAUAGGGUAUCAAGAAUUAGGGGCGGAGAUCAGGGUCAAAAGGUCAAGGGCAUCAUUUCAGCUUCAACGUGUCUUUACGAAGUCCCCGCGACUUGAACCGCUUGCUUGGACUUGAUGAAUCGACAACGCCCUGUUAUAAGACGAUUUUCCGCUUAAGGCCCGGGCAGAACUUUUCCAUUAAAGGUGUUUAUGCUCGAUUCCGAUCGCGGUCGGACGAAACUUCGUCCAACCCGCACGAACCUCGUUAAAAGGUGCCAGUUGGGUGGAUAGGAUCUGACAUAAAACCGGCCGGUAAAACAACAAUUUCUGCGGUGUGUUAUCAGAGUGGUUGAAUACGGUUCACCCCCUUACAACAGGACCGUUUAUAAUUUCCUCGCGCUUUAACAAAGUUAUUCUAAUUAAUUUGUAACGUCGAAAACGGGAAACUGACUCCUUGUUCGGAAGUUGAACGUUCCGAAGUCGUCCGUGGGCGUGGUGGUUGGACGAACUUGUUCAAUUUGUGUUUAAUUUCUUAACCCGGACAGAGGGAAGAUUGAAAAAACAUCCCCGUAGAAAUGCUGAAUGGAUAUACAACGGCCGUCCGUUUUAAAUCGAUACAUUUUCUAAAAGGCAGCCAGAUUUCGAUGCGUACUAUGCAGAAUUUAAAAAAAUACAUCGGAUUUCCUCAAUAACAGGAGAGCAGGAUAAUUAGGAAAUGAUCGAUAAGAAAUAUACAUUUUAGGAGGUUACAGGAAAAGUGGUCGUAAGAAGUACAAGCUAUGGAAGGUUUCAGGAGGAAAUGGUUGAUAAAAUCUACUAGUUAUAGAAGGUAAGGUGAAAUGUUGGAUUAGAAAUAUAAUUUAUGAAAAGUUAGAGGAGGACAAGAUUGAUAAAAGUAUAGGUACCUGUGGAAGGUCACAGGAGGAAAUAGUUGGUAAAAAGUAGAGGUUAUAAAAGUUUAAAGGAGGAAAUAGUCGAUAAGAAAUGUAGGUUAUGGAAGGUUGCAGGAGGAAAAGAUUGAUAAAAGUAUAGGUUAUGGAAAGUUACAGGAGGAAAUGGUAAGUAAAAAGUACAGGUUACAUAAGGUUACAGGAGGAAAUGGUCGAUAAGAAAUGUAGAUUAUGGAAGGUUGCAUGAGGAAAAGAUUGAUAAGAAGUGUAGGUUAUAAAAGAUAUGAUAUUACUUACCUACCAGAGCAAUAUUUUUCAAAGCAAUUUGGGCUUAUAUUGGUUUAGCUAUCUUCCUAUCAAACUGAGCUCCUGUUACUUUAACAGUUAGAUAUUUCGAAACAGUAUGAUCUUUUGAUACAGUAAUCUCCUGCCAAUCUAUGCUCGUGAUACAUUUACUAUUUCUGAGCUGUACUUUUACUGCUGGCCUUAUAUUUCAAGUCAAUCUAGUUUCCUGAUAUUUUUUUCUAUUGAUCUUAAAUAUCCUCUUCUGAGCUCCUGAUAUUUUUACAAAUGGUGUUACAUUUUAAGACAAUCUGAGCUCCUGAUACUUUUACAAUUGGUCUUAUAUUUGAAAACAAUCUGUGGUCCAGAUAUUUUUAUAAUUGGUCUUACAUUUUAAGACAAUCUCAGGUCCUGAUAUUUUUACUAUUGGUCUUAUUUUUCGAGACAAUUUGAGCUCUUGACAGGUUUACGAUUGACCCGAUUUUUCCUAACAGUCAAAGAUCAUAUUUAUUGUGUUGGUUUGUUGGUUUCCUAUCAAUCUGAGCUCAUGAUACUUUUGCAAUUAGUCAGGUAUUUCUCCUGAUCGUAGUAAUAAUGUCCUACCAAUCUAUCCUCAUGAUACAUUUCCUGUACGCUAGAUAUUUAGUUAUAAUCUGAGCUCCUAUACCUUGACAAUUCGUUAUUUUUUCCUAACAUUUUGAGCUCUUAUUUGUUGCGAUGCUUCUUCAUCAAUUUGUGCUCCUCGUACUUUAACAGUUAACCAAUUAUUUCAAAACAGUAUACUCUCCUGAUUGUGGUAAUAAUCUCCUGCCAAUCUAUGUUCAUGAUACAUCUACUAUAGACAAGAUAUGUAGUUAGUAAUAAUCUGAGCUCCUGAUACUUUUACUAUUGGUUUUAUAUUUCAAGACAAUCUGAGCUCCUGAUAGUUUUACAAUUGAUAGUUUAUUUCAAGACAAUCGGAGCUCCUGAUACUUUUAAUAUUGGUCUUAUAUUUCAAGACAAUCUGAACUCUUUUUAUUUUUACUAUUGGUUUUCUCUUUCGCGACAAUUUUAGCUCUUGAUCGUUUACGAUUGGCCCAAAUUUUGCUAACAGUCAAAGCUCAUAUUUGUUAUGUUGGUUUCCUACCAUCCUGAGCUCCUGAUACUUUUACAAUUGGUCAGAUAUUUCCAGAAACUCUAACCUCCUUUUGUGACAUUUUUUUUAACAAACUGCUUUCCUGUUAGUUUCUCAUUUGGCAUGGUAUUGAAUAGGAAUUUGUGCUCCUCAUACUUGCUUUAGAAGUUGUUAACAGUGGAUUUGUAAGCUCCUGACACUUUCACAAACUGUCGGCUGUGUUCAGUAAUCUAAGCUCCUUUGUAUGAACUAAUUUUAAUCAAUUUGAGCUCUUGAUACUUUUAGAAAUGUCCUGAGUUACAGGUAGAAAUGAAUGAUAAGAAGUAAAGUUUUUAUUUUUUAUAAUUUCUUCCUAUUAUUGAAACCAAAUACACGCUAAAAAAAAUCGAAUUCGCUUUUAACUGAAACUAAUCCAUGUCUAAAACCCAGUAUGCACAGGGGUGUGGCCCAUCUGCGAAUUAAAACCGGCCGCACAAUGAUUGAAAGGCGCGGGGGCAAAUUAAAUAAAACUGAAGGGUAAAUUAAAACAAAAUUAAUUUCACCCCGAUGGCGAGAGAAAAAGAGGAUAAAAAUAAAACCCACUUUUUUUUUUAAACGGUCCUCUUCCAACCUUUUCAUCUUUUCGGACGGAAACACUUCUGGGUUAAAAAAAAAGGUUUGACGCGGAUAAUCCCAUUUAACAGCCCUUUAGGACGAUUAGCAUACAGAUCGGCUCCACUUCGACGGACAAAGGCACCCCAUUUGUAAUUGAAAGUUAACCAUUUGACUUUAUUUUCUUCAAUGAAUUGACAAUAUAAAAUUUUUUACAUAUUAACUACUGCUGAAUGCAUCAGGAGCUCGGUAAAUACAUCAUAGAGAUGGGGUGAAAGUAUCAGGAGUUUACAUUCACAAACAUAGUUUUAAAAAAUUAUGAUAUCCAGACGCUUACUAUUCAGCAUCUUUCGGUACAAUAUCAGGAGCUCAGAUACCCUAAACAUACGAACUAAACGAACAAGCAAAACAAGAAUCAGGAGCAUAAAAUCAGACUGUCUUCAACCUCUACAAAAGGAGCUAACAUUGUUAAGAAAUAUCUGACCGAUUGUAAAAGCAUAAAGAACUUAGUUUGCAAGGAUGCCACCAAAAUAAAUAUGAGUUCGGAAUUUAAGAACAAAUACUGGUGUUAUUUAAAGAUAUUGAGGUUACAAUCAGGAGUUCAGUUACAGAAAAAUCAUUACACUCAGUAUAAAUGUUAGGAGUUCAAAUAGUUUAAACACACAAACCUGGCAUGGAAAAUAGUAUCGGGAGCAUCCCAAUCCGUUAAUUAACAACCUUCACCGAGAGUGUCAGGAUCUCUGAUUCCAGAAACUGACAACCCCCACUCAUAGCGACAGGAGCUCGGAUUCCAACAAUCUUACAACCUCCACCGGGAGUAUCAGGGGCUCUGAUAGCCUAAACACGCAAACCGGACAUUGAAAAAGUAUCAGCAGCAUACAAUCUGAUAGGUAACAACUUUUAGUGAAAAUAACAAGAGUUCAGAUUUCAGAAACUAGCUGCCUAUACAGAAUAUCAGGAGCUCGGUUUUGAAAACAUUAACAACCUCUACUGAGAGUAUCAAGAACUCAAAUUACAAAAGCUAACAACUUCCACUCAGGAGUAUCAGGAGCUCAAAUUCCAGAAAGUAACAAAUCAGCUUAGAAUAUUUGGAGUUCUGAUUACAGAAAUUAACAGCUUCCACUCAGAAUAUCAGGAGCUCAGAUUCCAGAAAUUACCAACUCCACUCAGGAUAUCUGGCGUUUACCAAUACCGGAAACUAACAAACCUCGCUUAGACAUCACUCAGAGUGUCAGCAGCAAAAACUAACAACCUCAAUACCGAGUAUCAGGAGCUUAGAUCUCAAAAAUUUAUCAACCUCCACUUACAUCAUCAAGUGCUGACCAUCCAUUAGUUAUUGAGGACUUCCACAGCCAGUGCCGACAAGUUAUAUUUCAAUAUUUUAUAGCCUGGGAGAGGUCUCAAGAAUAUAAAGACACUUUUGACAAAUGAAAUAUUUUCACAGGAUUAAAACCGUUUCAAUCGCGAUUUGACGCUGCGCGGAGAAAAUCGCAUUUUGCCGACGAUCUGUCAUUUGUCUACCUUUGCUCUUGCGUUUUUUUUUAAUUUUGUCUGUUCUAUCUAUUAUAAUUAGAAUUAUAAAUGUCUAGUUUUUGGGUCAUGUUUAUGGGUCUGUUGUUAAUGGUGGCCGUGAGAGCGGAAAAUUGGGAGAAGAACUGUGACAUGAACUGCACGGUAGACGAAAUUGUUGAUUCGUAUAUCGACACCUUGACGAGCUGGUGGUUGGAGGCGUCUAUCGGUCUGGAUACGUCCGGGCUCGAUAAGAGUGUCAAUCAGAUUAAAAAGAAAUUAGAGGAAAUCGGCAAUGCUGUAGACGAAAAAGAGAGCUGGUUCAUCCAGAGGCAAAUCAGGUCGGAUUGGGAGGAGUACAUUAAAGACAAGAGGUACAUCUUCAUGAGGGUCAACAGCGCCCUCACAUGGCACAUGACCCUCAUGGACAUACUCGAGAAGAGGGCUAACAUGGAGCUGGAAACGGGCAACGUUCAGGAAAAACUCUGGCCGGAGCUGAAAGUAUUUUUCAGCAGGAAGAUACCAUUGAUAAAACGGACUGAUAACCUUACCUGUAAAACAAUUGAAUAAAUGAUUUUGCUUUAUUUU